CUCCAGUACACUCCACAGUAGCGCACACGCAUUCCACGCUCCAGUGCUCCGCUUCAGUAUGGAGCCCAAACCCUCGCCGCCGCCACCGCCGCCGGCCGCCCCUUCGCGCCGCCGCGGGGCAGCGACCAAGCGCAAGGAGAGGGCCGCAUCCGCAGCGCCCUCCGUGUCCCCGUCGCCGAAACGCCAGGCCCGGGAUUGCGGGCCCGUCGACCCGCCGUCCCUCCCGCCGCCUCAACCGCGGAGUCGCCAGCCGGCACGCAAGCCGCGGCGCACGCCCGCACGCAAGAAAUCGACGCAGCGCUCCGUGAAGCCGCCGCCCAUGCAGGAGGAGGAGGAGGGCCCGCCGCCGCCGCCGCCACCACCACCACCACCGCCGCCGCCGCCGCCGGUGCCGCCACCACGGCCGUCGCGGGAGAAGGAAAUCGAGGCCGUUCUGUCCCGCGGCGCUGGCGUCCACGUCGUACCCACCUUCGCCGGAUGGUUUUCGUGGAAGGAAAUUCACCCCAUCGAGAAGCAAAUGUUGGCUACAUUUUUUGAUGGGAAAUCAGAGAGACGGACACCUGAGAUAUACUUAGGGAUUAGAAAUUUAAUCAUGAACAAGUUUCACUUUAAUCCUGAAGUGCAUCUGGAGUCCAAAGAUUUGUGUGAGUUGUCAAUUGGGGAGAUGGAUGCUCGUCUGGCAAUCUUGGAGUUUUUGGCCCAUUGGGGCUUAGUUAAUUUCCACCCUUUUCCACCAGUUACACAGGAACGCAAGCUGGUUGAGAGUAAAAGUAGUGCUGAGAUAGAGGAUGAAAUUUCUUUGGUUGAGAAGUUAUUUCAGUUUGAAACAGUUCAUUCGUACCUGGUACCUGUUUCAAAGAAAGUUGAAGCAAUAUCUCCAGUUCAGUUCACUAGCUUGCUCUCUGAGCCUACCCUAGCUGAAAAUGCGAUAGGUGCAGCUGAGUCUUCUGUUGAGUAUCAUUGCAACUCCUGCUCAGUUGAUUGUUCAAGAAAGCGUUAUCAUUGUAGGACUCAGGUAGACUUUGAUUUUUGUUCUGAGUGCUACAAUGAAGGAAAAUUUGAUGAAGGCAUGUCGAAAGCUGAUUUCAUCCUUAUGGAAUCUGCAGAAGUUCCAGGGUCUGGUGGUUCGAACUGGACUGACCAGGAGAUAUUGCUUCUUUUGGAAGCGUUAGAAAUUUUCAAAGGAAAACAAUGGGGUGAGAUUGCUGAGCAUGUUGCUACAAAAACAAAAGAACAGUGCAUGUUAUACUUCCUUCAAAUGCCAAUUUCUGAACCAUUUCUAGAUGGUGAAGAUUUCAAUGAAACACCCCAGAAGAUCACAGAACAGGAUUUAGAAAUUGGUCCUUCUGAUGUACCUGACGAAAUGGAUGUAGAUGGCAAUGCAGAAGGAAAAGAGAGCACUGAUGAAAAAGCUUACAAGAAAGCAAAUUCUAUUUCUUCAGAAACAAGAACAAAAUUAGCUGACCAAAAUGUUUCUGAGAAAGAGGAUACCAUGGAUGCAGGUGGUGAUGAUCUAGUUGCUUCCAUUGAUGAUGAAUCAAAUAAAUCUUCAUUGAUGGAUCCUGCACAUGAGAAAAUUUCUGCUAAUGCUGAUGUCUCUGGGGAACACACAUCCAACUUUGUUAUUGAUGUCCUGAGAUCUACUUUUGAAGCAGUUGAUCACUUUCUGGGCCAAGAGGACUUGGGUUCAUUUGCUGAAGCGGGAAAUCCUGUGAUGGCACUAGCUGCAUUUUUUGCUUCUCUUGCUGAACAUGAUGAUGCUGUUUCUUCAUGCUGUAGUUCAUUGAGAGCUAUAUCAGAGAUAUCUCCUGCUCUCCAACUGGCAACUGAACACUGUUUUAUUCUUCCAGAUCCACCAAGUGACCUCAAAGAUCCAACUUCCACUUUCAGUGCUUGCACAGGCAGUGAGUGCCAAGAAAAUGAUUUAGGUCUCAAAAAGGAGAAUGCUACAUUCAUCUCACAGAAAGAGCACCCGGAAUUAUCUGACACAAAGGAAAGAGGUCCCGAUGCAGAGGCCAAAUCCAACAGCUCAAAGGAUUCUGAUAAUCCAAUUGCUACGGUGGACUGUAGUGUAGCAUCUGAUAAGAUGAGAGAUGGGUGUAAUGCUAAUGCCAUUUCAUGUUCAGCUACUUCAAAUAAUGCAACUGAACCUAGUUCCAUAGCUUCCCAAGAAGCCAGUGCAGCAAGUACAAAGGACACAACUAACCCUGAACAAGUUGAAGGGGACAAACCAGGUUCUGAGGAAUUACCAGCUGUUGUUUCACCUUCACAAGAGAAGACAGAGCCCAAGAAGAUUGAACGUGCACCUGCUGCCUCGUCUAGUAUACAACAGUCUGAGUGCAAGCAAACUGGAAAUGGCAACAGUGAAGAACCUAAAAGCAAUGAAAACAUUGCGUCCGAUGAUGAUCCCAUAAUAAGGCUACAGCGAGCGGCUGGUACUGCCAUUUCAGCAGCUGCAGUGAAGGCUAAGUUUCUUGCGGAACAGGAGGAGGGUUAUAUUCGGCAAUUAGCUGCACUUGUGAUCGAAAAGCAGUUUCAGAAGAUACAAACAAAAAUGUCGUUUCUCACUGAAGUUGAAAACUUGGUCUUACGAUCGAGAGAAUCAACAGAGAGGAUGCGGAAGAAGCUUAUGUUGGAGCGGAACAUGAUAAUUGCUUCCCGAAUGGGUGCAGCUGCUGCCGCCGCGGCUUCCAGAACAAACCAGCAGGGGGCUCCGGGGACUAGACUCCCAGUAGGGUAUGCCUUGAAUCCGCAGCUGAGGCGCCCUUGAAGCCUAGGUGCUGUGUUGAUCCGCUGAUCCAACCUUGAAACAAGUAUAUAUAUGAUUUAGGCCCGGCUUAUGUAGGGGUGCUAAUCCGCCAUGUAUAAAUGCAGUGUUAGUGUUACCGUUGUCUAGUGUAACUUUGGGCUUCUGAGGUCAAGCUAAGGUAGUAGUAAGGUGUGGCUACAAUGAACCAACCCCCUGUUCUCAGCUUGAUGCCAUGUCAUGGUUAACUUGUAGGUAGAAUUUAUGUAGGAAUAAAAUCUCACCUGUUUUUUAUUCGUAUUAGUAUUACAUUGGUUUAAGAUCUACUAGGCUUUGAUGCUCAUCACA